AACUCCCCUUUAUCACACCCUGUGAUGACGUGUCAAGAAAGUGCCGGAAGCGUUCAGUUGUGCCAAAAUGGCUUAUCAGACUGUUCAACAGGAAUAUUUACAGAUUCCUUUUGUGACUCGGGCAUACACAACUGCCUGUGUCCUGACUACCGCUGCUGUGCAAUUAGAACUCAUCACACCUUUCCAACUAUACUUCAAUCCUGAUUUGAUACUAAGGAAUUAUCAGGUAUGGAGACUCAUAACCAACUUUUUAUUUUUCGGUCCAGUUGGCUUCAACUUCCUUUUCAAUAUGAUUUUUUUGUACCGAUACUGUCGUAUGCUGGAGGAGGGCUCUUUCAGGGGCCGCACCGCUGACUUUGUCUUUAUGUUCCUCUUUGGUGGCCUUUUGAUGACUAUAUUUGGCACCUUUGUGAGUCUGGUGUUCUUGGGCCAAGCCUUCACCAUCAUGCUGGUGUACGUGUGGAGCAGGCGCAACCCCAAUGUUCGCAUGAACUUCUUUGGUCUGCUGAACUUUCAGGCGCCCUUUCUCCCGUGGGUGCUCAUGGGGUUCUCUCUGCUGCUGGGGAACUCCAUCAUUGUGGAUUUACUAGGUAUCGCUGUGGGUCAUGUCUACUUCUUUCUUGAGGAUGUAUUCCCAAACCAGCCAGGUGGUGGCAGAUGGCUCAAGACUCCUUUUUUUCUUAAGAUGCUGUUUGACACUCCAGAAGAAGAUGCCAACUACAACCCCCUUCCCGAGGAGCGUCCAGGGGGGUUUGCAUGGGGAGAGGGACAGCGCCUCGGGGGUUAACCUAGCCCCCCACCACAGGAUCACUUUAUUAUGGACAUUCCCUUAGCGAGACAGAGGGACAAACUUGGUCUUUUUUUCUUGACUUAUUUCUCUAGUUCUGAAUGGAGAACGCCAGUAUCCAACCAGAGUUUUUCUGAGAUUGGUGUGUGGCUUACAUCUCCCUCAAACUAUUCUAUAAGCCAGACUGUCACUUUAAGACCACAUGAGGACGUAACAACAGCAAGGGACUUUUGAUGGGGAACCUUUGGCUGUGUUGAUGUUUGGCUUUAUCUCUGGGGGAAUAUUGUCAAUAUGGGAAACGGAGGCAAAAAUCUGAAUUAAUUCAGAUCUGGAGUUUUUUUUCCCAUUUUACUUCAAUAAAUAUAUAUAAUUAACGUGUGGCAUAUAUCGCUGGA